UUCAAAUAAAAAUCGAUUCUAAAUUUUUUAUACUUUUGCAUCCAUCAAUCGAUCAACGCAAUAAAACCGAAAACGACUAUAAGAUCACCAGAAUGGAACCAGAGCCCGAUCCUGAUCGAAAUUUGAAACGAAUUGGCAUGUCUUUAGGUGUAGCCACUAGAAUAAAAAAAUUGUUCAGAAAUCGUCCUAAGAUCAAACAACGAACACCGGAAGAAAUUGAAGAAGAACUGCUGGCCAAUGCAAAGCAGAAUCGAGACAAUCGCAUUGCUGGCUUCGGACCAAUUCAGCGACACAUCUUUGGACUUGUUGCAAAACAUUAUAAUAUAAGUGUGGAUGACAUUGUUGAGGGAGUUGCCGAUUCGGAUGAAGACACAGAAAUUCUGAAUAGUUUUUGUUCGAAAAAUGGUCAUUCUGUGAUCGUUUUCCUGUACGCAAAGUUGAAGUGCCCUGGAAAAGAAACGGGUCGAUAUGAACCGAAUCAAGAAAAUCAGGAAAUGAUGCGAGUGGUGUGUACGGAUGGAUGUACACAAAAUCAUUUGGGGCCCUGUGCAGCUAUUUGUAGGUCGCAAAAUGAUAAUGACCUGGACACAAAUACGAUGAAGGAGGAAAUUACAGUGGAAGAGCUCAAUGUCGAAGAAAGUGAGACCCUCAAAGUGGCAAUCGAUCGAUUAACAAGCGAACUCAAUUUGUUACCAAAUCCGCGACUGCGUAAAGAGAAAGUUCAGUCAGGCAAUGACGAAAAGGAAGUCUCGAGAAUCGAACAUCAAUUGGACAAUUUGACUGAUUUCGAAGUGAGUCAUAAACUGUUCAAAGGACAUCUGUUAGUUCCACAUCAGAUCAAAGCUACAUCACGUAACAGAGACCUGGUUGACGAAGUAAAAAAAUAUUUCGACCGUUGGCUUCAACGAAUAGCUAUUGUCUUACUUCAAGACAAACAAAUCGUGAAAGAUUCGAAUGACGUUGGACCCCUCCAUGAACUGAAGUACUGGCAGAAAAGACUCGAACGAUAUAGAAUCAUUUCUGACUUCUUAAAAUCUCGGCCGUUCAUAAAUCACUUAACAUGUUUGGAGUAUACCAGAGCCAAAUUGCUAAAGAAGUGGAAAGCCAUUGAAACUGAAUUCAAUGCACUUGUUUUGGAAACUGAAAACAAUGUUGAAACUCUUCAAUGGUUGCAACCAUUUUGGGAUCCAUUGUACACUGGUACUCCGGGUGAAAAUUGUGAACCCAUACAUCGACUAGUAUCAGCAUUACGAGAUGUGUACAACGAUUCUAAGAAUUACAAUACGUCCGAGAGAGUGACGAGCUUUUUAGUGAAGACCACAAAUCAACUGGUUAUCCUCUGUCGAUCUCAUUUGAACGAACGUGGUUCAUUGAAAAUACUGCAACAAAAACCCAGUUUCGCUAUCGAAAAAUUUUCGGACUGCUAUAAAUUACUGAAGAAAUACGAGAACAGCUAUUUCGAAGUAAUCAAUAGCAUGAACAUGGGUAAUACAACACCAUGGACAUGUUCGAUUACGUACAUUUUUGGAAUAUCAAAUAAGUUCCAGGAUAGAAUUUCAAAGAUAGGUCAUAUUAUCGACACAAAAGUAAUGUAUUCCGUGCUGGACAAAAUCAAAAUCAGCGGAAUGGAACGAUACAGAAAUCAAAUUGUGUCUGAAUUCAAUGAAAUUACGGAGAAACCAUAUUUUCAUUCGAACCAUUGGGUGAAACAAUUCGAUUCCGAUUACAUUAAAUGGAACAAAGCCACAGAAGCUGCGGAAAUUGGAAUGCAAAAAUUCGUAAAGCAAUCAAUGGCACCCAUUCAGAACACAAGUGCUAUGCUGUUGUUGCUUAAACGAUUCGAAAAAUUGCAAUUAAACUGUCUAUGUUUGGAUCGUCGUUAUUUAGAUGUUGCGGUAAUGUUGGAGAAAGAAAUGGAAGAAAUAAAGGAUGCUUAUAACGAACUUCGCGACAAUCCACCAUUAAUGAAAGGCACACCACCUGUGUACGGUCGUAUUCUGUGGAUUCGGGGACUUCAAAAGCGCAUCGAUGAAGUAAUGAAUGCCAUUAGAGGGAAACCGUGUGUUGUAAAACAUCAGAAAGCCCAAAUUGCCGUCAAAUGCUACAAUUACAUGACCGACAUGUUUCUAAAAUAUGAACAAGAGCAGCACACGGCUUGGUUUGAUUUCUCUGAAACAGCUCGAUCGCGAUUGGGUCAAUGCGUCAUUCGACGCAAUCCCAAUACACACAUGUUGGAGGUGAACUUUCAUGCAUCCAUUUACGAACUGAUCCGUGAGAGUGAAGGAAUGCUGAAAUUAGGAUUAGACAUUCCCAGCUUGUCGCAAACAGUUUGCUUCUAUCGAGAUGUUUUAUUGAACGCUGUUGAAACUCUCAAACAAUUGAUUAAGCGUAACAACGAUCUCAGAUUAUCCGUGGACAAUGUGUUCAUACGAAUAUCGCGUCCAAUAUUCCGAAAAUUGGACGAUGCAUUUAAAGAGGGACUUAAAACUGUGCAAUGGGAUUCCAAGGAUUUAGCAGCGUACUUCACACAAGUUGAUGAAGUACUCCAUGAAGUAGCAGACUUCUUUACAGCGAUUAGUGAAACAAAACGACGUAAAAUCGAUGCGUCAUUCCACUAUAUAUCCAAUGCAGAGCUCGUCAUCAUUCCCGAUGAGCCAGUACCAAUAGAAAAUCUCUACAAUUUGAAUAACGAAUAUCGCAGCAAAAUCGAUAAAAAAAUUGAAGAAAAAUCGGCAAUGGCUGAACUGGGAACCGUUGAAAUCAUUAACCGAUUCGUCCAAAUGAUUGAAGUCAGUGAUACCGAUGAGAAUGGUGAAACUCUUCUUCAGCUGCCGGUAUCGUCACAAACUGAUGCUAACCAUCGAGAAGAACUCCGGAAACCAAUCGACAAAUACGACUGGCUAUCAUUCCAGAAAAUCAACAGACAAGUAUUUUUCCCCGAAUCAGAGCGAUUCAAUCAUUUGUUCAAAGUAUCGAAGGACUCGUACACGUACGGUUUAGUGGACCUGCACUCAGAUUGCAUGGAUGUGUUCAGUUACUUUUUCGGAAAAUGUGUAGAUGCCAUGGCAACUAGUAGCAGACUGUCACUAGAGAUUCUCAAAAAGAAAAUGCUUACGAAUGAUUCUCCAAUUACAUUAUCCUACCUGGAGCUCCAUGUACCAGAAUGUGUAUUAAAUCCACCAAUCGAAGAGAUUCAGAAAUCAUAUGACUUUACUUUGAAAAAUAUUGUGGAAACAUUUGGUGGUGUUAGUAGUUGGGGAAAACUCGCACAAACGGAAGAAAGGAAGAAGCGAAAGAAACUAGUUGAGGAAGUAAACCGUGAACGAUCAUUUUUCAAGUACAUUUGGGAGCACAAACAAGUUGAACGAACCAUGCAUACACAAAGUCUUUCUCUUGGCAUGAUUUUAUUACAACCGGAUUUGAGAGAACUCUUCAAUAAAAUGUACCAAAAGUACUCACAUUUAUGGGCAGAAGAUAAAAUGAAAAUAAUCGAAGAUUUUGUGAAGUCAAAUCCUUUGACGGUCAACAUUCGAGAUAAAUUCAUUUUUUACGAUCUUGAAACAAAUGAAAUUAUCGAUGCUGAGAAACGUAUUGUCGUUGGGGCUAUUCUGGUGAAUGCAGAACCGGCAUUUGAUUCGUUUCUUCAAUUGUCGAAAGAAAGGAAAACGGAAGUGGGUAGACGGUUGAGUGAAGCAUGCAAUAAGAAAGUCAGUUCGAUGGUUGGUUUCAUCAACGAACAACAAGUGGUUCUGACACGGAAUUUGAAAGAUUUGGAUGAUGUUCGUUUGGCUAUGAAUUGUCUGGAUGCAAUUAAGGACGACAGCAUUGAAAUCGACAUGCUGAUUAACACUAUGUUGGAAACGUACCGAGUGUUUGAUGAAUUUUCCAUCGACGUGCCACAGGAGAUAAAAAAUUCGAUCAUAGACCUACGUCAAAAGUUCGAUGAGAUGAUGGCGUUGUCUAAGAAUGUUACCAACAAAAUCUAUAAAUUGGAGAAACCAUUGCUGAAGCAACUCAACGAUGGCAAAGCCGCCUUCAGCAAGGACCUGGAUAAAUUCGAGGAAGAUUUUGCAAAUAAAGGACCUAUGGUUCGGGAUAUAUCAGCAGAGGAAGCAAGCAAACGGGUCUUCGAAUUUGAAGAACGUUUCCAAAACCUUUGGAUACGAUUCGAAACAUACGCUACCGGUGAGAAGUUAUUUGGCCUGCCUAUCACCGACUAUCCCAUAUUGCAUCAACGCAAAAAAGACUUCGUUCUUUUGUUGAAAUUGUAUUCGCUCUAUCUAACCGUUCUGGAAACAAUUGACGGAUACAAUGAUGUCAAAUGGACCGACAUUAACAUUGAGAGUAUCGGAGCUGAAAUAAUGGACUAUCAGUUGCGAUGUCGAUCGCUACCAAAAGGAAUGCAAAAUUGGAAUGCGUACAUCGAUCUUAAUAAAAAAAUCGACGACUUCAAUGAACUGUGUCCACUGCUUGAAUUGAUGACAAAAGAUGGAAUGAAAGAACGUCACUGGCAAGCGUUGGAACAGUUGAUGUCGUAUGAAUUUAAUACCGAUGACCCGAACACAACCUUGGGUUAUGUUUUGGGUGCUCCAUUGUUGAAGUACAAGGACGAUGUUUAUGAUAUAUGCCUGGGAGCGGACAAGGAAACUGAAAUAGAAACAAAACUGACGCAAGUGAUCAUAUCAUGGUCAUCAGUUGACAUUCAGAUGGCUCCAUUCAAAAAUCGAGGCGAUAUUCUGCUGAAGGGUACAGAAAUGAUGGAAAUAAUUUCCCUAUUGGAAGACAGCAUCAUGGUGAUGAACUCGUUGGACGGAAAUCGAUAUAACAAACCGUUCAAGGAAGAUAUUAAGACAUGGCUGAGGAAAUUACGCGAUACGAGUGAAGUGCUUGAAAAAUGGCUUUCAGUUCAAAAUUUGUGGAUGUAUCUGGAAGCAGUUUUCGUUGGUGGAGAUAUUGCCGUUGCUUUACCCGAAGAAGCGCAACGAUUCGCUGAAGUUGAUAAAAAGUUUGAAGACUUGACAAUGCGUGCCCACGAAAUCGUAAACGUCGUUGAAGUAUGUGCUGGUGAUGAGACCAUGAUGACCGCCAUUCCGAAUUUGAUCAUAGAAUUAGAAUCAUGCCAGAAGUCAUUGACCGGAUACUUGGAGGCGAAGCGUUUAAUAUUCCCUCGAUUUUUCUUCGUGUCGGAUCCGGUUCUGCUCGAAAUUUUUGGACAAUCAUCAGAUCCAACGACGAUUCAACCUCAUUUGUUGAGCAUUUUCGAUGCCGUUGCUACCGUAACAUUUUCGCCGGAUUCCUCACAUCAAAUUAUUGGAAUAAAUUCGGCGAACAAAGAGCACAUUAAACUGGAAAACGUUGUCCAUUGCACCGAUGGUGUUGAAAUAUGGCUCGGUAGACUGUUGGAUGAGAUGAGAAAUACGAUGCAAGAAAUAUUGGCGAAAAUUGCUUCUGAACUGUUUGACCCGGAAUUCGAGUUCAUAAAAGAUUUUCAGGAGUAUUGUGGACAGGCUGGUCUUAUCGGCGUACAAGUUUUGUGGACGAAUGAAGCGGAAACCGCAAUUAAGAAAAGCAAAAUGGACAAGGGAAUAAUGCGGAAAACCAAUCAACGAUUUCUGGACCUUUUGAACGAGUUUAUCGAGUUAACGCUUACUGAUUUAACAAAAUUGCAACGAAUCAAAUAUGAAACCAUGGUGACCAUUCAUGUUCAUCAAAGAGACAUAUUUGAUGAAUUAGUUCGGUUGCGAAUCAAACAGGUGAAUGAUUUUGAGUGGCAGAAACAGGCUCGAUUUUACUUUGAUCGUGAAACGGAAGAAAUAGCUGUUCGUAUAACUGAUGUCAACUUUUUCUAUCAAAAUGAAUAUUUGGGUGUUGUGGAGAGGUUGGCCAUAACACCACUCACUGACCGAUGUUACAUAAGUUUAGCUCAAGCAGUUGGCAUGUGUUUAGGUGGAGCACCUGCAGGUCCUGCCGGCACUGGAAAAACUGAGACAACUAAAGAUAUGGGCAGAGCGCUCGGAAAGUUUGUGGUCGUGUUUAACUGUUCGGAUCAAAUGGAUUUCAGAGGAUUGGGGCGCAUUUUCAAAGGACUUGCUCAAUCUGGGUCCUGGGGAUGCUUUGACGAAUUCAAUCGAAUUGAAUUGCCUGUACUCUCAGUAGCCGCUCAACAAAUCAACAUCGUAUUGAACGCCAAGAAAGAGAGAAAACGAAAUUUUGUGUUCAGCGAUGGCGAUGUCGUAUCAAUGGAUCGAGAGUUCGGAAUAUUCAUUACCAUGAAUCCGGGCUAUGCUGGACGACAAGAACUGCCUGAAAAUCUGAAAAUUCUGUUUCGGUCAGUAGCAAUGAUGGUUCCAGAUCGUCAAAUUAUUAUUCGCGUUAAGUUGGCCAGUUGUGGUUUCAAGGAAAAUGUAAUACUAGCAAGGAAAUUCUACACACUCUACAAGCUAUGUGAAGAACAGCUAAGCAAACAGGUCCAUUAUGACUUUGGUUUGCGAAACACUAUUUCGGUUCUUCGAACGUUGGGAACUCAGAAACGAGCUAAUCCGAAAGAUACAGAGGAGAAAAUUGUGAUGCGUGUCCUUCGUGAUAUGAACUUAUCGAAACUAAUUGACGAAGACGCUCCACUAUUCUUAUCCCUAAUUGAUGACCUCUUUCCUGGAAAUAAACUGUCAUCGUCCUCGUACAAAAUACUUCAGAGUGCGAUAGAGAAAAGUGCACAAAGUUUGAAUUUGAUGAAUGAAAAAGAUUGGAAUCUGAAGGUCAUUCAGUUGUAUGAAACCUCUUUGGUCCGACACGGUAUUAUGACGUUGGGUCCAACUGGUUCUGGUAAAACCACUGCCAUCACUACACUGCUGAGAAGUUUCAGAGAUUUGGGUCAACCGCACAAAGAAGUCCGUAUGAAUCCUAAAGCCAUAACAGCAGCCCAAAUGUUCGGUCGACUUGAUGUAGCCACUAAUGAUUGGAUGGAUGGCAUUUUUUCGACUCUCUGGCGACGAUCACACAAGGUUAAAAGGUCCGAAUACAUGUGGCUGAUUUUGGAUGGACCGGUUGAUGCGGUGUGGAUCGAAAAUUUAAACUCCGUGCUCGACGACAAUAAAACAUUGACGUUGGCGAAUGGUGAUCGUAUUGUAAUGGCUGAAAAUUGUAAGCUAGUUUUCGAGCCAGACAACGUGGACAACGCUUCGCCAGCUACUGUGAGUAGAGUGGGAAUAAUCUAUUUAAGUUCGUCGGUACUCAAGUGGAUGCCAAUAUUGGACACAUGGUUAAAGGGACGUUCACCGCAAGAAUCUCAGACGUUGCGGACUUGUUUUUAUGAGAUUUAUGAAGAUGCAUUAGUGUUCGUUUAUGCAAAACUAUCUUCCAAAAUGAUGGUACUGGAGGCAAUUUACAUUCGUCAAACUAUCGACAUUUUGAAUGGUUUGCUAGCGACAGCAAAAUCCGCUAAGCCUGCACACCUGGAAAAAUUAUUUAUUUUUGCACUAAUGUGGUCGUUGGGAGCUUUACUUGAAUUGGACGAUCGCAUUCAACUGGAAAUGUUCAUUGCGACCCACAAAGCCAAAUUUGAUCUGCCGAAAAAACCCGAAAAUGACACAAUCUUUGAAUUUUUCGUUGCACCAACUGGAGAAUGGCGCCAUUGGGCCAGUCAAGUGGACGAAUUCAUCUAUCCGGACGAUACUAUUAUUGAAUAUGCCAGCAUUUUGGUUCCGAAUAUUGACAACAUUCGAACGGCUUACCUUAUCAAACUAGUGGCUGAUCAGCGAAAACCCGUACUGCUAAUUGGUGAACAGGGAACCGCGAAGACGGUUAUGAUAAAGAAAUUUAUGGCUACGUACAAUGCUGAGGAACAUUUGAUCAAAACCUGUAACUUCUCGUCUGCCACUACUCCAAACAUGUUUCAGCAAAUAAUCGAAUCUUAUGUGGAGAAGCGUGUCGGUCUAACAUAUGGACCACCUGGUCAGAGAAGAAUGACUGUCUUUGUGGAUGAUGUUAAUAUGCCAAUUAUAAAUGAGUGGGGCGAUCAAAUAACGAAUGAAAUAUUCCGGCAAUUGAUUGAGCAGAAGGGAUUUUAUUCGCUGGAACGGCCUGGAGAUUUUAUGACCGUUAUGGAUCUUCAAUUUUUAGCUGCUAUGAUUCACCCGGGCGGAGGACGGAACGAUAUUCCAAAUCGAUUGAAACGAAAGUUUUGUAUUUUCAAUUGUACAAUGCCCAGCGAUCCUUCGAUGGAUAAGAUAUUUUCGGCCAUUGCUCGUGGAUACUUUUCGUUUUCAAGAUUCAACGAGACCAUUGUCUACUUGGUUCCAAAAUUGAUCGAAUUAACUCGGAUAAUCUGGCAACGUACGAAAACAAAAAUGCUCCCGACACCAGCCAAAUUUCACUACGUUUUCAAUUUACGUGAUCUAUCCCGCAUUUGGGAAGGUAUUUUGAAAAUUCGACAACAAGAGUGCGAAACGGUCGAGAUGAUGCUGAAAUUGUGGCGUCAUGAAUGUUUGCGAACGAUUGCUGAUCGAUUUGUCAGUUCCAACGAAAAGAAAUGGUUUGACACGAUGAUGGUCGAAUUGAUUCAGGAACACCUCGAAUCACAUGUCGAACAGUACGAUGAUGUGGAAACGUAUUUUGUUGAUUUCCUCAGAGAUAUUCCGGAAAUGACUGGUGGCGAAGGGGACGAUGCAUUAGAAACGCCCAAAAUCUAUGAAGAGAUACCAUCAGUUGAUUUUGUUCAAGAAAAAGUUGUGUCAUUGAUGAAAAAUUUCAACGAGAUGAACCGUGGACUACAGUUGGACUUGGUGUUUUUCCACGAUUGUCUCGUUCAUUUGAUCAUCAUUUCAAGAAUAAUUCGUACGCCUCGUGGAAACGCACUGUUGGUGGGCGUUGGCGGGUCAGGGAAACAAAGUUUAACCAGACUCGCUUCUUUCAUAGCUGGGUACAAGUUUCAUCAAAUCACCUUGACACGUUCCUACAAUGUUAACAAUUUCGCCGAUGAUUUGAAAUAUCUGUAUCGAACCGCUGGUGUGGAAGGAAAGGGAAUUUCAUUCAUUUUCACUGAUAAUGACAUCAAAGACGAUGCCUUCCUCGAAUUCAUCAACAAUGUGUUAAGCUCAGGAGAACUUCCAAACUUAUUUACGAAGGAAGAGACCGACGAAAUCAUAAACGACCUAGACCCAGUUCUCCGCAAACAAGAUCCGAAAGUUAAUCGAACUCGAGAUGCCCUCUAUGACUUCUUUAUUCAACGUUGUCGUUCCAAUUUGCAUGUGGUUCUCUGUUUCUCACCGAUUGGCCAAAAAUUUCGGACUCGAGCAUUGAAAUUUCCAGGAUUGAUAUCCGGUUGCACAAUCGAUUGGUUUCAACCUUGGCCAGAAGACGCUCGCAUUGCUGUUUCCUAUCAUUAUCUCCAUGAUUACCCUAUGGAAUGUACAGAUCAGGCUAGAGACGAAGUGAUAAAAGCCAUGAGUUUUAUCCAUCAGAAUGUGUCGGAAACAUGUGAAGAAUAUUAUCGAAGAUUUCGUCGGCAAAUAUUUGUUACACCGAAGACAUUGCUCACACAUCUUGAUAGUUAUAAGGAAAUGUACGUAGAAAAAUACGAAAACAUUCAAAUGCUGUCGAAGCGGAUGGAAAGUGGUUUGAUUAAAUUGGAAGAGGGCGGCGAAGCUGUGAAAGUACUAAAAGUCGAGUUGAUCGAACAAAAUAAGAAAAUGAUUGUGGCUAGUGAACAAGCGAUGUUAGUCUAUGCAGAUGUGAAAGUUGUUGCAGACGAUGCGGAAGUGGUUAAAACCGAAGUGGCUAAAGUUAAAAAUGGAGCGCAAGCGAUUGUAAAGCAAAUCACUCAGGAUACAGCUGUGGUCGAGAAGAAGUUGGCUAAAGCUAAACCAGCUUUAGACGAGGCACAAGCUGCUUUAAAUACCAUUACAUCGACUGACAUUGCAACUGUGAGAAGACUGGGAAAACCACCAUACCUCAUCACAUUGAUCAUGGAUGCAGUUCUCAUCCUGUUCGGUGAUCCUAUUGGUCAAGUGAAGCCUGACCCAGCCACAAAGUUCCUGAUUCCGUCUUGGUCCGACUCAAUGAAAACGAUGUCGGAUACCGGUUUUCUCAAUCAUAUUGUCAAGUAUCCCACCGACCAGAUGACCGACGAAAUGGUAGAUUUACUCGUGCCUUAUUUCAACAAUAAACUCUACACAUUCGAAGCGGCUGAAGCUGCUUGUGGAAACGUGGCUGGCCUCUUGAAAUGGACCAUCGCAAUGACAAAAUAUUUCGCCGUUAACAAGGACGUCAUUCCGGUUAAAUAUAAGAUGGCUAUUCAGCAGCACAAGCUUAAAGUAGCUGAGGACGACUUGCAUAAAGCUGAAGAGUUGCUCGCCGAUAAGGAAAAAGUGUUAGCUGAAGCAAUGAAAGUGAUGAAAGUUGAGAAUGACAAGAAAGACGCAGUUUUUGCUGUUGCCAAAAAAUGUCAAGACAAGAUGAAUUCAGCAACUGCACUGAUCGAUGGACUCUCAAGCGAAAAGACUCGGUGGAUUGAACAGAUAGCACAAUUCAAAAUAACGGUCGAUUGUCUCGUUGGUGAUGUCCUCUAUUUGACGGCAUUUCUGUCGUACAUCGGACCAUUCAAUCAGGAUUAUCGCAAGCGUUUACUAGAGACCUGGAGAGACUACAUGUACGGAAAACGCAUUCCAAUGUCAUCAAAAAUCAACGUCGUCGAAAAUCUAUGCGAUAUGGCAACGGUUGGUGAAUGGAAUGUUCAAGGUUUGCCCAAAGAUGAACUGUCCAUCCAAAAUGGCGUAAUUGUGGCAAAGGCAUCACGUUAUCCGCUUAUCAUUGACCCGCAAUGUCAAGGAAAGGUAUGGAUCGCAAACAUGGAGAGGGAAGCCGGUUUAAUAAUAACAACGUUGGGUGAUCGAUUCUUCCGCAAUCACGUCGAAGAUUGUAUCAGUCUCGGAAAGCCGCUUCUGAUUGAAGAUGUUGGAGAAGAAUUGGAUACGUGUCUGGACAAUAUUUUGGAGAAAAAUUUCAUCAGACUGGGGAAGACCUUAAAAGUGAAACUCAGCGACAAGGAAAUCGAAUAUAAUUCAGAUUUUCGAUUGUACAUCACAACGAAGCUAGCCAAUCCGAUUUACUCCCCAGAAAUAUGCGCUCGAACAUCUCUCAUUGAUUUUGCCGUAACAAUGCAAGGUCUCGAAGAUCAGCUACUUGGACGUGCGAUUAUGCAUGACAAACGGGAACUAGAAGAAGAGCGAACUAACAUUAUCAUCACAAUGUCUACGAAUCGACGUAAAAUUCAGCAACUCGAAGAAAAUCUCCUCAAACAGUUGUCCAUGUCAACGGGAAAUUUAUUGGAUGACAUACCAUUCAUAAAUACACUAAAUGCUAGCAAAGCAACAGCCAACGAUAUGAAGGAAAAAAUGAUCACGGCCAGAAAUACAGAAAUCGAGAUAAAUGCAGCGCGAGAAGAUUUUCGUGUGGUAGCGACCAGAGGCAGUGUGCUUUACUUCUUGGUGUGUGCGAUGGCCGAGGUGAACAGUAUGUAUCAGACAUCAUUGAAUCAGUUUUUGGAGCGAUUCGAUGUUUCGUUGAGUCAGUCAAAGAAAUCGCACAACAACAAAAUUCGCAUAGCCAACAUCAUCGAGUAUUUGACUUUCGAGAUAUUUUCAUACAAAUCCCGUGGACUGUUCGAAAAUCACAAAUUUUUAUUUUCACUUUUGUUGGCGCUCAAAAUUGAUAUGCAGAAAGGGGAUGUGUCCUAUGAAGAAUUUCAAACGUUUAUGAAGGGCGGUGCUGCUUUGAAUCUGAAAGAUUGCCCGAAGAAGCCGUUUGCGUGGAUAACUGACAUGACAUGGUUGAAUUUGGUUCAAUUGACGGUCUUGCGCCCAUUCGUAAACAUACUAAAACGAAUCGGUGAAAAUGAAAAUCAAUGGAAGCGCUGGUUUCAGAAAGCCCAACCCGAAAAUGCUACCAUUCCGGAUGAAUAUCAAAAGCUCGACGUAUUCCGUAAACUGUUGCUGAUACGAGCCUGGUGUCCGGAUCGAACUUAUUCACAAAGUCGUAAAUACAUUGCCUGGUCGUUAGGAGACCGGUUUAUCGAACCUCUACUACUCAAUUAUAAUUCAAUGGUGCAAGAGAGUAGACCAUUGACACCGUUGAUUUGCUUCUUGUCUAUGGGCUCCGAUCCCACACUGAGCAUCCAAAGCAUGGCCAAGAGAUAUGACACUACGGUUAAAGCAAUUUCGAUGGGUCAGGGUCAAGAGGUUCAUGCUCGUGCAUUGCUCAGUACUUGCUUACAAAGCGGCGGCUGGACAUUGUUGCAAAAUUGCCACCUUGGAUUAGAUUACAUGAACGAAUUGGUCGUUCAAUUGAAAAAUCUCGAAACAGACGAUCAAAUGCAGAUUCAUGACAAAUUUCGUUUAUGGAUUACAACGGAAGUUCAUCCGAAUUUCCCAAUCACAUUGCUGCAACAAUCAAUUAAAUUUACCAACGAUCCACCGUCCGGUGUUCGUGCCGGUCUGGAACGAACGUAUGGCAGUAUGUCGCAAGAUUUUUUGGACUACAGCGAUUCACCGUAUUAUUUGCCAUUGGUAUAUGCCGUUUCGUUUAUGCACACAGUGGUGCAGGAACGACGAAAAUUUGGACCACUUGGCUGGAACAUACCGUAUGAAUUCAAUUCGUCUGACUGGCUAGCCAGUUGUAUGUUUAUGCAAAACCAUUUAGAUGAAAUUUAUCCGAAAAGAGAAAUUUGUUGGAACACGAUUCGCUAUAUGCUUGGCGAAAUUCAAUAUGGGGGCAGAGUGACCGAUGACUAUGAUAAACGUUUGCUGAACACUUUCGCAAAAGUUUGGUUCAGCAGUAAAUUGUUCACGGACGACUUUCAAUUCUGUGCGGAUGUACCGAAAUAUAAAAUCCACAGUUUUAAACUGCAGGAAGAAUAUUUGCAAGCAUUUUCCGAAAUGGAAACGAUAGACGAACCGCAAGUGUAUGGCCUGCAUCCAAAUGGUGACAUUGCUUACCAAACGAGCACAACAAAUAUCGUUUUGGAUACAAUUUUGUCGAUCGAACCAAAAGAUUCGUCGGGAAGUGUUGGAGAGAGCCGGGAGAGUCUGGUGGCUAGGAUAGCCAAAGAUAUGUUGGAAAAACUUCCACCCACUUACGAUCCAUUCGAAAUGAGAGAAAGAUUACGAGAAAUGGGCCCGUUCAAUCCAAUGGUCAUUUUCCUAAGACAAGAACUGGAUCGGAUGCGAGUGGUUUUGAAGUUUACGCGAACCACACUCUCCGAAUUGUUACUCGCAAUCGAAGGAACAAUUAUAAUGAACGAAGAAUUACAAAAUGCAUUCGACAGCAUUUUCGACGCCAAAGUUCCACGCUCAUGGGUGCGAAAAAGCUGGGAAUCUUCCACACUUGGAUUCUGGUUUACUGAAUUGAUUGACCGAAAUAAGCAAUUUUCUCUGUGGCUUUUCAAAGCUCGACCGAAAUCUUUUUGCAUGUCCGGUUUCUUCAAUCCUCAGGGAUUUUUAACAGCUGUGAGACAAGAAACAACUAGAGCGAAUGCAGAUUGGGCUCUGGACGAAGUGACACUCCAGAAUGAGGUCACCAAAAUGUUCGAGAAUGAAUGCAAAAUACCACCGAAGACUGGAGUUUACGUGCACGGACUUUAUUUGGACGGCGGCAGCUGGGACCUGAAAAAGGGUGUUCUAGCAGAGGCUGUAAAUAAAGUCUUAUACAAAAUGAUGCCGGUAAUAAACAUAUUCGCUGUAAACGCAACGGUACCAUUAGCACCGACAAUGUACGAGUGUCCAGUGUACAAAAUAGUGAAACGAACAAACUUAAAUUUUAUAACCUCGUUACGGUUGAAGUCAGAUAAACCGUCAACGUUGUGGAUUCAACGGGGUGUUGCUUUACUUUGUGACAUCAAAUAAAUUUUUCUGUCCGUUUUGUAAA